AUGGGUAUUGAAGCUUUAGUUAGUUCCGCAGAUGAAAACACCGAUGAGGCUACCCAAGCUCAACAGGAAGCGAUCGAAAGAGAUAUGAAGUCUACAUGUCUACUUUCUGGAAUUCUUCCACUUUCAACACUUGAUGAGGACUUCACUGGUCAUUUAGUUUACUUGGAAAAAUUAAAGCUUAUGAAACAAAAUUACCGAGGGAUUCGUCGACUUCGACGUGAUGGAAACUGCUUUUAUCGAGCAUUUGGUUUUGCGUAUAUUGAGUACCUGCUAAAUGGCAAGCUAAUUAAAGAAGCUGGGAGAUUCAAGAAAAAGUGUGAUGAGUGUAAGGAUACACUGAUUGCUAAUGGUUAUACACAGUUUACUGUAGAGGAUUUUCAUGAACAGUUCGUUGGAAUGGUGGAUCGGUUUACUGUUGAUGGCAUAUUCAGAUUAUUAUGUCGUGUUUUUACGACUCUUAGUUUCUGCGUACAUUCAAAAAAAGCUGGGUAUUUUGUAAAUUUUAUUGAUGAAGGUAAAACAAUCAAUCAGUUUUGUGAAACAGAGGUUGAACCAAUGGCUCGUGAAUCAGAUAAUAUACAUGUGGCUGCUUUAGCAUUAGCUGUUGAAUUGCCUAUUUAUGUAGAAAAUUGUCAACAGUCGGGUGAAUUGAAUCGUAUCGAGUUUCCUGCAUAUAGUGAUUUAAUAUUGGAUAAUGCCGGGGAAACAAGCAGUGAUAACCAUGAUAUUCACAGUGAACAAGUAUCCAAUGAAGAUGAUUCUUUUAUUAAUAAUUAUAAACAGAAUAGUAGUUCACCACCAGUUACAUUAUUGUAUAGACCAGGUCAUUAUGAUAUAUUAUAUCCUAAUUCAUGA